AUGGCAAAAGUGGAGGGCAAAGGAAACAUGGGUCAAAGAAAGCUAAGGGAAAGAAUGGCAAAAGUGGAGGGCAAAGGAAACAUGGGUCAAAGAAAGCUAAGGGAAAGAAUGGCAAAAGUGGGGAGGGGCAAAGGAAACAUUUGGUCAAAGAAAGCUAAGGGAAAGAAUGGCAAAAGUGGAGGGCAAAGGAAACAUGGGUCAAAGAAAGCUAAGGGAAAGAAUGGCAAAGGAAAAAGUCACAAGAAAACCGGCAAAGGAACCUCAGGAAAGAAUUCCGAUAAGCAAGCAGGUGGGGGGAGCAAUGAUGUGGCGGCCAAGAGGAAGUGUAAGAAGCAAUACAAGACCUGCACCGAAAAGGGAGGCAAGUGUACCCCCGUCAAAAUCAAGUGCAAAGUUUUGAUUAACGACGAUGGCAGCAAUCUCUGCAAGGGAGCCUCCUGCAGAUGCUGUGAAGCGAAGCCAACAAAAUGCGAAAGUAAACCCAAAUGCGACAAGAAAGGAGGAAAAUGCAAGACGAAAUGUGGCAAAAGUGAAGCCGAAGUUCCUAAGGGGUGCAAAGGAGGCAAGAAAUGUAAAUGCUGCGUCAAAUCUUGCAUACCAAAGAAAAAGUGCACGAAGGCCAAAGGCAGUUGCAGAGGAAAAUGCAAGAAAAAUGAGGAAGAGCUUCCUAAGGGAUGCAGCAGUCCGAAGAAUUGCAAGUGCUGCAUCAAGAAGUGUAAGAUUCUUGACGCUUGCGUCAGCGCUGGAGGUUCCUGCGUCACGCAUAAGAAGUAUUGUCUGUCUGGGGUCGUGCUUCCGAAGGCAUGCAAAGGGCCCAAGUGCAAAUGUUGCUUGCCCCUUACAACAAUAACUACGGCAGGCACGAGUUCAACAACCACUUCUCCAGGAUUACCGGUAAAUACGACUACAACAACAGGAUCUCCGGUGAAUACGACUGCAACAACAGGAUCUCCUGUAACUACGACCACAACAAUAGGAUCUCCUGUAAAUACGACCACAACAAUAGGAUCUCCUGUAAAUACGACCACAACAACAGGAUCUCCUGUAAAUACGACCACAACAAUAGGAUCUCCUGUAAAUACGACCACAACAACAGGAUCUCCUGUAAAUACGACCACAACAACAGGAUCUCCUGUAAAUACGACCACAACAACAGGAUCUCCUGUAAAUACGACCAUAACAACAGGAUCUCCUGUAAAUACGACCACAACAACGAGAUCUCCAGUAAAUACGACCACAACGACAGUAUCUCCUAUAAAUACGACUACAACAACAGUAUCUCUAGUAAAUACAACUACAUCAACAACCCUUCUGGUAAACACGACUUCAACGACAACAUCGCCGGUAAAUUCGACUACAACAGUAAUUACGGUAAACGGGACGAUAAACACAACAGGAGCUUUGACAAAUACAUCAACUCUACAAGUAAGCAACACAACUUCAUCAACAACCAAUGUAACAUCAUUACAAGGAAACACAACCACAACAACAGCAACAAAUGUAACAACUUUACAAACUACCAAUGUAACAACACCAACUGUAGUAACAAAUAGUUCAAGCUCCCCAUCAUCGGUGACAACAACUACGACAGGUAAUGGAACAACAGCAACAACGCCAACAACAGUAAACACAACAAGCUCUAUGGUAAGCAACACAUCUCUCACAACAACAACAAUCAAUGUAAAUUCUUCAACAUCAUCAAGUACUAGUUCAUCGACUGUCAUAAACACUACUCUUUCUUCAACAUUAAAUGUUACAAAUACUACAAGUAUAUUAUCAUCACUUUAUUCUCAGCUUCUUGUACUACAGCAGUUACAGACCUCACUUACAAAUGCUCUCGCCCAACUGAACGCUGUAGCUAGUACAUUACAAACCCUUAUUAAUACUCUCGGCAGGAAAAAAAGGGAUUUGAAAAUUUUGCAGAGAUCAAGACGUGAUUUAAAUAAUGAUUUAGAUAUCUUGAGUUCCAAGCUGGACGAUCUCCUGGCAGCUGUUAACGCAAACAUAACUGAUGGAAUCAAUAAUAGGACUAAUGACAUAAAAGCAGUUUCGGAACGGAUGGGAAAUACUAGUAUGGCGAAUGCUACUCUACAACAGAAGGCUUCUAUAGCACUAAAUAAAACCCGAGUGGACAUAGAUGCAAUAAACAGGCUGUUAAGCAUCGUAGCUAUAGAAAUUGCCAGAGUGAAUGGACUUAUUAUAUUCAACAAUGGUACUACUAUAGCACAACCGACAAAUAUUCCUACAAUUCCAACUACCAGUACUACCCUACUAAGAAAUUCCACUGUGUCAUCAUCCUCUACUAGUUUGGUAGCAUCAUCCAAUUCCUCAACCAGUUCUGUAAGCUCAGUUUCAACAACCAAUGUAACAAUCAAUGUAACGAAUUUAUUACCAGCAUUGUAUGCAAAAGUACAAGAACUUGAAAGCAUGCUAGUUGCAUUGAAUAAUGCUACUGUUGCUAUAAAUGAUUUAAUUACAUUAGUCAAAAGUUUGCUUGGUCAAAGCGGUCGUCGGUACAAAAGAAGUUCUAAUGAAAAAUCAAGAUGGAGACGUGACAUAUCCUUUGAUUUUGUUGGGCUGUUGACACUGCUAAAUGAACUGGAACAAGCAGCUCUUGGCAAUAACACUAGUCAAAUUAUUUCUAAAACAUCUGCCCUCAUGUCACAGACAUCAACUUUGAGGUCUUUUCAAGGAACUACUUUUACUGAUGGAGAUAGGACAAGACUAGGCACUGUUAGUAAUAAGGCCUCUACAACAAUAGGGAAUAUAACACGAGUUGCAACCAUUAUCAGAAUUGAAAUUACGAUUAUUAAUAUUGAAAUUGUAAAGGGAGGGGGAACUACAAAAGCACCUGUGCCAACAGUAGCGAUAAUAUCCUCACCUGUACCAUCAAAUGUGUUUACUCCUGCAUCAACACAAAAGGAUGUCUCAGUUACAAGCCCAAUGCAGGAGUCAGUUCCAACAACUAAUGGUCUUAAACCCACAUCAACCACCCAGUCUGCAACACCAACACAAUUGUCUUCAGCACCAAGCCCUUCAAAGGAGCCACCAUCAACCACGACAUCUGCACCACCAACACAAGUACAAAUCUCAACAACUACAAGACAAUCUCCCAACCCAACUACAGUGUUGCCUUCAGUAAUUACAAGCCCUUCACAGGGAUCAACAACUACAGGACAAUCUCCCAACCCGACUACAGGGUUGCCUUCAGUAAUUACAAGCCCUUCACAGGGAUCAACAACUACAGGACAAUCUCCCAACCCGACUACAGGGUUGCCUUCAGUAAUUACAAGCCCUUCACAGGGAUCAACAACUACAGGACAAUCUCCCAACCCAACUACAGUGUUGCCUUCAGUAAUUACAAGCCCUUCACAGGGAUCAACAACUACAGGACAAUCUCCCAACCCGACUACAGGGUUGCCUUCAGUAAUUACAAGCCCUUCACAGGGAUCAACAACUACAGGACAAUCUCCCAACCCGACUACAGGGUUGCCUUCAGUAAUUACAAGCCCUUCACAGGGAUCAACAACUACAGGACAAUCUCCCAACCCGACUACAGGGUUGCCUUCAGUAAUUACAAGCCCUUCACAGGGAUCAACAACUACAGGACAAUCUCCUAGCCCGACUACAGUGUUGCCUUCAGUAACAACUAAUGGUCUUAUGCCAACAUCAACUAUUAUAUCUACAGCACCAAAUCAGAUACAAUCUUCAACAUCUGCAAUCCCUUCACAGGAAUCAGCAUCAACAACUACAGUUAUUACACAACUGUCCACAACGGCGGGAAAUGUCUCCACACUGUCAGCGUCAGCAAUUCAGCAGCUUGUAGGAGAAAUACAAAAUCUUACCAUUGUAAAUGAAACUCUUGCUAAUGUAACACAAACUUUGCAAGAGACGGCACAAGCACUCAAUGAGCUUUCAAACAUCAUUAAUCUAACUCUGAGUAACAGCACUCUAAGUAACAACACUCUAAAAAGGAUAAAAAGGGCAAAUGAAGUUGAGGAUAUCAUGUCACUAAUCACAAAUUUUGUCAGCCUUAAAAUUGCCAUUCAACAGAGGGAUGUUGAUCAUAUGAAGAUACUGAUAAUUACUAUAAAGGGACUUGUGAUCAGAAUCCAAGAAAUAACAUUUACAAUAAAAAAGAAUGGAAUAGUCCCAGACAGAUUGGGGGACAAUGUGAAGGAGGCAAACAGUCAAGUAGUGUUGACCGUAGUUGUUGUACAAGUUGAGAUAACAGCUGUUCAUAAGGAGAAAAAAGAAAAGGAAGAUAAAAUUGCAGCUGGACAAAAUAAACCUCCUAAUGUGCCAGCAACUCCAGCACAAAAUAACCCAUCGACAGUACCUCCACAAGGAGGCAUCAUAACAACGUCAGCAUCCAAGACAACGGUACCACAAGGAGGCAUUUCCAUAACACCAACAAACAAUGCUGUGACCCCACAGGGAAGUAAUGUAACACCACCGGCCUCACAAGGAAAUAAUGUGAUAACACCAACAACGAGCGUUCAAGGAAGUAAUGUAACACCACCAACAGGAAGCAAUAUAGCACCACUAACAGGAAGCAAUGAAGCACCAUCAGCAGGAAGUAAUGUAACACCAGUGGUAACCAGUGCACCAGUCUCACAAGUAAGUACUGGGAUACCACCAACAACAAGCGUUCAAGGAAGCAAUGUAACACCACCAGCAGGAAGCAAUGUAACACCACCUGCAGGAAACAGUGUAACACCACCUGCAGGAAGCAGUGUAACACCACCUGCAGGAAACAGUGUAACACCACCUGCAGGAAACAGUGUAACACCACCUGCAGGAAACAGUGUAACACCACCAGCAGGAAGCAAUGUAACACCGCACCGCAUGAACAGUGUAAAACACCACCACAGGAAAGCAAUGUAA